CAGCAAAGCCUUGUUUGGACAUGACACACCACUCAACGGAAUUAUCUGGAGAUGUUUCAAGAUUAAUGGGUUCACCACCAUCAGCCUUACCAGCCUUACACAUCAUCACUUCAGGGAAGUCACACCAGCCCAGUGCCCUGUCACCCAUUCCUGCACGUUUCCACAGAGCUAGGACUGCUAGUGUCAUGCAUUUUCACUGGGGACAUGCACCUUCGCAAACAUUUACACCAAGUGACCUCCAUACAAGUGAUGUACAACCUCUUUCCACUCCCCAGUUAGGCCUACUUGACCCUGUACUUGGGUCCAGCAUAACACUUAAAACUCUGGUUUCCGCAGAUUGGAAGAUAACAGAGUCAAAUUUUGCCAAGCAACCCAUAGCUGACUCUCCAGUGUUUCUAACAUCGCAGCUGCCUCUUGUUUCAAAUAUAUCAGCACCAUCAUUAAGCCCAUCUGUAUUUACCAGUUCAAAAACACCACAUCUUGUGCUUAAUUCUGACCAGAUAACUCUCGAGGAGCCACUAUUUUCUCCGAUUGAGCAGCAGGAGAGAGGAUCAGAACACAUGCUAGUAAGCAUGACCUCACUUGAUCUGCCAAAAUUGGCUUUCACAGACCUUCAGGCAGAUGCAUCUCACAGCCGCAAUCAUUUUGUUUUUGACCCCAAACUGUUUGUAAAAGCCUCAUCUAAAACCCUGGAUGUGAACCAGCUGAACCAGCCUCGCAGUGCCCCACUGCAACAGUCCAACUCAUCACAUGGGUUUCAUAUGCUACCUACUCCAGCUGUUAUGCUGGCCUCUAGCUCCUCAGUGCCUUUCAUCAGUCCUGCGUCACCUUCAGCAGAAUCUGCUGAGCUCUUUCCAGAGGAUUUCUUCCCAACCAACACUAUGGAUAUAGAUUGGGGGUCUGGGGACUAUUUGGAAACUAUGUCGUUCUUAGUUUCAGAAGGAGGUGACUACUCCUUAGUCACCAAGUUACCUUCUGACAUGUAUGAUUUGGAGGAUGUCACAGAACGUUAUGACACAUCUUUCCCUUCAAGGGUAGGCAUAUCUCCAUCAUCCUUACAACCUCUUCCUGUCUCACUUUCUUACAGUCCCACAUCAGCACACAGCAUCGCCAUUCCACUUACAACCACUUACCCUUCUUAUUUGUCCACAAUUCAUUACACACUUGAGCCUACUCCCACAGGUCAUGGUGAUACCUCUGAUGCCUCAGACAUAGACUGGUCAGAUACUCUGACCAUUGAACCAACAGAUGUCCUUCUUCCUGAUAUGAACAGCUUGGAAUAUUACACCACUCAGUUAUCCAAGGAGAACGUCAGUAAAGAUACUGGAGCAGAACACAAAGGGAUUGUUUCUAUUUCACAGUAUUUUUCUGUGGAGUCAGUCAGUGCUAAGCACAUCACACCCACCAACAGCUACUAUGUGCAGCUAAGCAACAUACUCACUGUUGCAUUUGGUGGUGAACAGCCCCAACACAACAAUGAGACGAAGUGGACUGAGGACAGUACCUCUGGUGACGUUUCAGGGUUUGAACCUAGUGAUGUGACAGCUACAAUACCCACCACAGAUCAGAAUCUGGCAAUAAAUACCUCUGAGCUUUUUGUGUAUGCUUCACAAGAAGCAUCCCCAUUCUUUGAGCUCUCCUCUUCCAGUAGGGCUGGUCAUAUGCCCACCAGUGACUGGUCUACACAUACACCAACUGUUGCACUGGACACACCCGUUAUACCUCCCAGUACUGCCUCUGUGCAGCCAGAUGACACAUUUUUCUCCUCUCUGACAGAUGUCCAUUGGUUUGUCACAGAGUCUUUCCUACAAAGCACCGUACAGACUACUGCAAUCAUACUUCCAACUGAACCUAUUGCCCACACAACAGCCAAUACAACAGCAGUAACUCCAAACAUCACUGAUACUACUGCUGAAUUGAUUCCCAACAUCACUGCACCUACACCUGAAUCAACACCUAACACCACUUUGGUUCCUCCAUUUAUGAUGGGUGAUGAAGGGACUGAUGGAUUCGACAUUCCAGUUACAUUUACCUUGAGCCCAACAGGCAGUGAAACUAAUACAGGGUCUGUUGUACCAACUACUACAACUUCCACAACUACAUCUCCUCAAGCCACAACCACAGGUACUGCCUCCACUCAUCUCAGCUUCACCUCUGUCACCACUGGGACGAUCCUGACUUCAGCAUCAACAUCAAGACAGUACCUCUGCAACAUUAACAGGCCUGCUUAUUUAAUAAAAAUUGGUUUUCCUUCUGGUGCAACUGUUGGAUUUGCCAAAUCUCAAGUCAGAGACAUCCUGAAAGCAGAAUUCAACAAAUCAAUUGAACUGCAGGUUGUGGAGCCCCCACCAAAAUUUGCAUUUCGAGUAGUGUCUGGUCCAGUUGUCUAUACAGCUAUAUCAGUCAUCAGUGCUUUGCAAAGGUCUGGGCGCCGCUUCCUGUCUUUGUCUGCCAACCGGACAAUUCCAGGCACUAAAUAUCAAGUCCACACAGUGUUGCAAUUUGUACCGAGCCAUAUAGAUAUACGUGUAUGCAACUUCAGUGAGAGCCUUGAGAGAGGCUUAACCACGGCUUUUGCAGAAAUGCGACAGCAUACACAGGACUCAAGCAACUUUACAGUACAAAUUGUAAAUAUCACUAUGGCUGCUUCCAACUACCAGCAGCAACAGGUUGUGAGGGAACCAGUGGACAUAAUUUGGACUGUGCAUGGUUCCAAGGGUUAUCUGCUGGGAUCAGAGGUCAGCAGUGCUCUCAUGAAGUUCCCCGUGGUGGAAUUCAGCUAUUACAUGGGCUUUCCUGUACUACAGAUUGCUGAGCCUUUCCAUUAUCCAGAGUUGAACACCAGCCAGCUGCUUCGUUCUUCAUGGGUUAGAACAGUGCUUCUGGGUGUGCUGGACCAGAAAGUGGGUGAGAGAACCUUCCAAGCCAAUAUGGAGCGUCGGAUGGCCAUGUUACUUGGGGAAGCAAUGGGACUAAUCAAACGUGUUAAAAGAGCCACCAGCAUAGGAAACAGCAGCGUUCAGGUUGUAAGUACGAGCCGGUUGGAAGGAGCGGACCACCCUUUGGCGAUGGUCUACUUUGUGGAGGAUCCCAGUGGCCAGAGAAUGCCUGCGGUCCAAACAGCCAACCUGCUCAACAGCCUGGAUGUUCAGAGGGCUGCCAUUGUCUUGGGAUAUCGUAUCGAGGGUGUUUUGGCACAGCGUGAACCUUCAGGCAGAUGCAUCUCACAGCCGCAAUCAUUUUGUUUUGACCCCAAACUGUUUGUAAAAGCCUCAUCUAAAACCCUGGAUGUGAACCAGCUGAACCAGCCUCGCAGUGCCCCACUGCAACAGUCCAACUCAUCACAUGGGUUUCAUAUGCUACCUACUCCAGCUGUUAUGCUGGCCUCUAGCUCCUCAGUGCCUUUCAUCAGUCCUGCGUCACCUUCAGCAGAAUCUGCUGAGCUCUUUCCAGAGGAUUUCUUCCCAACCACUAUGGAUAUAGAUUGGGGGUCUGGGGACUAUUUGGAAACUAUGUCGUUCUUAGUUUCAGAAGGAGGUGACUACUCCUUAGUCACCAAGUUACCUUCUGACAUGUAUGAUUUGGAGGAUGUCACAGAACGUUAUGACACAUCUUUCCCUUCAAGGGUAGGCAUAUCUCCAUCAUCCUUACAACCUCUUCCUGUCUCACUUUCUUACAGUCCCACAUCAGCACACAGCAUCGCCAUUCCACUUACAACCACUUACCCUUCUUAUUUGUCCACAAUUCAUUACACACUUGAGCCUACUCCCACAGGUCAUGGUGAUACCUCUGAUGCCUCAGACAUAGACUGGUCAGAUACUCUGACCAUUGAACCAACAGAUGUCCUUCUUCCUGAUAUGAACAGCUUGGAAUAUUACACCACUCAUUCCAAGGAGAACGUCAGUAAAGAUACUGGAGCAGAACACAAAGGGAUUGUUUCUAUUUCACAGUAUUUUUCUGUGGAGUCAGUCAGUGCUAAGCACAUCACACCCACCAACAGCUACUAUGUGCAGCUAAGCAACAUACUCACUGUUGCAUUUGGUGGUGAACAGCCCCAACACAACAAUGAGACGAAGUGGACUGAGGACAGUACCUCUGGUGACGUUUGGUUUGAACCUAGUGAUGUGACAGCUACAAUACCCACCACAGAUCAGAAUCUGGCAAUAAAUACCUCUGAGCUUUUUGUGUAUGCUUCACAAGAAGCAUCCCCAUUCUUUGAGCUCUCCUCUUCCAGUAGGGCUGGUCAUAUGCCCACCAGUGACUGGUCUACACAUACACCAACUGUUGCACUGGACACACCCGUUAUACCUCCCAGUACUGCCUCUGUGCAGCCAGAUGACACAUUUUUCUCCUCUCUGACAGAUGUCCAUUGGUUUGUCACAGAGUCUUUCCUACAAAGCACCGUACAGACUACUGCAAUCAUACUUCCAACUGAACCUAUUGCCCACACAACAGCCAAUACAACAGCAGUAACUCCAAACAUCACUGAUACUACUGCUGAAUUGAUUCCCAACAUCACUGCACCUACACCUGAAUCAACACCUAACACCACUUUGGUUCCUCCAUUUAUGAUGGGUGAUGAAGGGACUGAUGGAUUCGACAUUCCAGUUACAUUUACCUUGAGCCCAACAGGCAGUGAAACUAAUACAGGGUCUGUUGUACCAACUACUACAACUUCCACAACUACAUCUCCUCAAGCCACAACCAGGACUGCCUCCACUCAUCUCAGCUUCACCUCUGUCACCACUGGGACGAUCCUGACUUCAGCAUCAACAUCAAGACAGUACCUCUGCAACAUUAACAGGCCUGCUUAUUUAAUAAAAAUUGGUUUUCCUUCUGGUGCAACUGUUGGAUUUGCCAAAUCUCAAGUCAGAGACAUCCUGAAAGCAGAAUUCAACAAAUCAAUUGAACUGCAGGUUGUGGAGCCCCCACCAAAAUUUGCAUUUCGAGUAGUGUCUGGUCCAGUUGUCUAUACAGCUAUAUCAGUCAUCAGUGCUUUGCAAAGGUCUGGGCGCCGCUUCCUGUCUUUGUCUGCCAACCGGACAAUUCCAGGCACUAAAUAUCAAGUCCACACAGUGUUGCAAUUUGUACCGAGCCAUAUAGAUAUACGUGUAUGCAACUUCAGUGAGAGCCUUGAGAGAGGCUUAACCACGGCUUUUGCAGAAAUGCGACAGCAUACACAGGACUCAAGCAACUUUACAGUACAAAUUGUAAAUAUCACUAUGGCUGCUUCCAACUACCAGCAGCAACAGGUUGUGAGGGAACCAGUGGACAUAAUUUGGACUGUGCAUGGUUCCAAGGGUUAUCUGCUGGGAUCAGAGGUCAGCAGUGCUCUCAUGAAGUUCCCCGUGGUGGAAUUCAGCUAUUACAUGGGCUUUCCUGUACUACAGAUUGCUGAGCCUUUCCAUUAUCCAGAGUUGAACACCAGCCAGCUGCUUCGUUCUUCAUGGGUUAGAACAGUGCUUCUGGGUGUGCUGGACCAGAAAGUGGGUGAGAGAACCUUCCAAGCCAAUAUGGAGCGUCGGAUGGCCAUGUUACUUGGGGAAGCAAUGGGACUAAUCAAACGUGUUAAAAGAGCCACCAGCAUAGGAAACAGCAGCGUUCAGGUUGUAAGUACGAGCCGGUUGGAAGGAGCGGACCACCCUUUGGCGAUGGUCUACUUUGUGGAGGAUCCCAGUGGCCAGAGAAUGCCUGCGGUCCAAACAGCCAACCUGCUCAACAGCCUGGAUGUUCAGAGGGCUGCCAUUGUCUUGGGAUAUCGUAUCGAGGGUGUUUUGGCACAGCCUGUUGAAAAGGUGGCAUCCUCACCCUCUGACAGCAACAACACCAACACAUGGAUUGUUAUCGGUGUGGUGAUUCCCCUAAUGGUGGUCAUUAUCAUCAUUUCUAUCCUCUACUGGAAGCUUUGUAGAACAGACAAACUGGAGUUUCAGCCAGAUGCCAUGACCUCCAUCCAGCAGCAGAGACAAAAGCUGCAGGCUCCCAGUGUGAAGGGCUUUGAUUUUGCAAAGCUGCACUUGGGUCAGCAGAGUAAAGAUGACAUCAUGGUGAUACAGGAGUCUGUUCCACCAGGUCCUGGUGCUGGGUCGCUCCCCAUGUCUCUUAAAGAUGGCCUCAGUUCUUCUCAGAAUGGAGAACUACCCACUCCCAUAUCCAAAACUUCAGCCUCCUCCACCAAGGCAUCCCGCAGCAGUCGAAGACGAGAAAGGGUGUUGCCAUCAGACGGUGAUUCAGUGGUAAGUGACCAUUCCAGCGAGCGGGAGUCGAAUGAGGAGAACCUGAGAGCCCACGCCAUGCCCUGCGACAGCAAACAGACUCGCAAGGUCCCCAUCAAUGUUUUAAAUGGUCCUCCACCUAUCAAUGGUACAAAUGAGCAGCUGUCCUCAGCCGCCAUCUUUGAACACGUUGAUCGAAUGUCUCGUGCUACAGAGGCAAGCAAGAAACAACCCAACAAAGUCCAGCUAAUCGCCAUGCAGCCCAUGCCUGGUCCCCCACUGCCGAGCUCCCCCAUCAAUGGCAAACUGUCUGAGACCAGUCAGAUCAACAAAGAGGUCCAAGUUGCUUUACGACAGAAGUCAGAGAUUGAGCACCAUCGCAACAAGAUACGUCUGCGUGCCAAAAGGAAGGGUCACUAUGAUUUCCCUGCCAUGGAUGACAUGACCAGUGGCCUUGGAGACACCAGGGAGCAGGAUCACAUCUGUCACAAAGCACAAAUUCAGAUUGAUAAGAUCCUGGACCCAGAUUGCCAGAUGUCUUCUAUCAUCAUAGAACCCAAGAAAUGUGGCCGAGGGAGACGUUCUCCCAAACAGAGACUGAAGGAGCAGCUGAAUGGAGGCAUGAUGGAUGCAGACAAAGAUCACCUGAUCGCUGACGACAAUGAUGCCGCUUACAGAAAGUGUCCUGGGGUCAACAAUGUGGCUUACGUGUCGGACCUCGACCAAGGUCAAGGGUCCCCCCACAGGAGCCCCUCCCCAACAGAUGACGUCUUCCUUGGUCCGACUUCCUCUCCUCCAGAUUACGCUCCUCCCCCACCCCCCUACAUGCCCCCACAACCUUCAAUUGAGGAGGCGCGGCAGCAGAUGCACUCCCUCCUGGAUGAUGCCUUUGCCCUUGUGUCACCGACCUCUCAGGGCAGCACAGCGGGGAUCACUCUCCCUGGGGUCAACACCCACCCUCCUGGCUCCAGCCCACCAGGCCGGGGCCCUAGACCAUGGGGCUCCUCUUACCAAGCUCUUGGUCCUUUUCCUAGUAGGUACAGUGAGCUGAGUAUAUCGCCCCCUGCAGUCCAAUGCCUGCUACCAAGGCAGGGUCUCGGCUCGUGUUACCUGCAGCCAGGAGAGACGCCGACGCAUGGCGAGCAGCUCCACGGCGACAGCCUGUACUGCUGCAGGGGCUUCUACGCUGACGAUCUGCCCUCAUCUGCCAGACCACGACCAGUAGGGGGCGCUACGGGCCUCCCUCUUCAUCACCUCACACAGGUGGGCCUGUCCACCCGGAUGAACGGUUACCCAGCAGGGGUCAGGGCAGCUCCAGGCCAGAAUGGAGGUCCUUGUUGGAACCAUUACCAUGACAACACCUGCUGCCAGGCGGAACCUGAAAAAGAUACAGUGACCAGGAGUGCUGUCCGGGAACCGUCUGCACCCUCCACACACCUGGACACGCACGGGUUGGGGUAUCUGUCAGCGCCACAGCCUCUGGACUUGGCCCCUCCUCCCCACUCCUCCGCCUCCCUGAUCAAGGCCAUCAGGGAGGAGCUGCUGCGUCUCUCCCAGAAACAGGCGGCUGUGUCCAGCUACCACAGCUGAAGCCCCGCCCUCUCUGACAAUGCUUCCCAUGGAAGCAAGCGACUGCGCAGCAGAGAUGUAGUCCUGUUGUUGAACUGACGAGGGCACUCAUGAACAGGACUUGCAGAUCUGGCUUUGUGGAUCAGGAUGUCACGUCCUGGCUUCUGUGGAUCUCCUUUUUUUUAACUUCUUUGAGAUUUUGCCACAUUUCAUUCAGCUAAGUGUUUUGCGUUUUUCUAAUCUAAGCAGAAAUAUUCCCAAACACAUCUUUAUGACAUCAUUUCCUUUGACUUGCUUCACUAAUUCCCCAACUUCAAUCUCUUCAUCAUCAUUCACCCGCUGAUGGGUUUUUUGUUCCUGCUUUGCCUUGACACUGUGAUUUAAUGGACCUGACCUCAUCGGGUAAAUCCACAGCCACGCGUCAUAAGUCUCACAUGCAGUACUUAUCUCUCGUCACUGUGUGGCAGUAGUUAGUUUAAGGUGAAAUGUUUGCGUACCUGUUUUAUUUAUGUUUAGCAACUAAAAGAGAAAAACUGAUGGACUUGAAACAAGUGUUAGCGAGGUACAUGAAGAAAUACAGUGUGUACUGUGUGUACUCAGUAUUUAGUUGUAAUUCAGACUACUUGGUCCAGAACAGGUUUUCUAAAAAUGAAUUCUGAGCUGCCGAACCAAUGAGACAUUUGAUUGGCUGAGUUCUCUGAUAGAAAUUGUUUUGUUUUUUUCUCAUAUACUGAGGUGUGUUUUCAACGGAGUUUAAAUGGUUAGUGGCUUAAUUAGUUAAUCAAGAAGCAGAAAAUAAUUGUCAACUAAUUAAUUAACCCUGUAAGGUAUGUAUCAAGAAAAAAAUGACAUUUGUUCAUCUUCUCAGAUGCGACGAUUUGCUCCUUGUGUUUUAACAAUUAAACUUUUGAACUGCUGUUAAAAUCUUUCACAUUUUAUAUAUUUUCAGUCUUAUUUUUUCACUAAAUGGGUCCAAACCAGCAGCAAAAUGUCAUAAAGUAGCUUUAAUCUGGUUAACUGAGAUAUAAUCCUAUUAAACACCAGGAUACCUUUUAAAGUGCUCCAGACUGAUGUUACAACAGAUAAAAGUUGUUGUGGAACAUGUUUGAAAUGUCUCUGGGGCUGAUUUAAACUGGUUAAGUUUGAGAUUAACUCAUUUUGUGUAAUUGUAAAAAAAAAAAAAAAUCCACCUGAAGAGUUAGAGAUUUUUUUAUUUUUAUUUUUUUACUAAUUGCAUUCUGACAAAUUAUGAUGGAACAUUUUUACCUUGUUCAUCCCAAUUGUAGAAUUUAAAAAAAAUCUAAAUUAUAAAGUAAUUAAAAUAAUCAUUAGCUGCUGGUGUAGUACUGAGUCAUCAUGUGUUUUAUGCAGUAUUUGAAGUUUUUGUUUUUAUCCAAAGGAAAAAGAAAAGUGGUUUAAGUCAUUUUUGCUGUUUUGUUAUUAUUAUUUCUUCAGGUUUAACUCACUGUUCACCUCACUUAGUGUUUUGAAGAUUUUGUAGUUUUUUUGUUUUGAUGUCAUUGGAGCUUGUCAUUUGGACCAGAAAUGAUAUUUAAAUUAAACAAAGAAUUAUUUAAUUUAAAAAGCCAGGUGCUGAAAAUAUGUUGGUUUGUUUAGGACUCGUCAGAUAACUUUUUU